UGGCAUGGCAAGUUUGUUACAGCUCCAGUUGAUUGGAACUUGCAGUUUAGCAGUAUGGCAAUUCCAUUUAAUUGGAAUAUAUUUCACUCUGUUUUUGGUUUACAGCAUCAUUUCUCUAACUAUCCUAAGCCUCACUGCAUCUUUACAUUAUUACCCUGUUCUGUAGUGUGUUCUAUUACAUUUCUUUUAUCCUCAGUCCCCUGGCUACCCACCAAACUGUGCUCUUUAUUGCUUUAGAGCCACCUCCUUAUUCUGCAUUCUGCACAUCCUACUGCCCUCCCCAACAUUUCCCCUUGUUGUGCUCCCUAUAAAUGCUCAUUUCAAAGAAUGACACUACAAGAAAGUGGAAAUAACUAUUUAAACCUGUAUUCAGCUUAAAGAUGGACAUGAGAUCUUUAUAUGGAAUCUGCAUAUUUCUGGUCUCCCUGGUCUUGCUGUCUUAUGUACCUACAAGUAUGUCAGUCAGUCUUGAUGUAAGUGACCUAAGAAACAAAGUUUCUAAAAUUAAAGUCAAUCCACGAAGGAGUCUGUGGGCAACAGGGCAUUUUAUGGGUAAGAAGAGUAUGUCAAAUGGUGCAGUUGGAGAUUUGCAUUCGAGAAUGAAGCAUGCAGAGCCGCAGGUUGGUAACAUGGAUAAGCUGAUCACACAUGCGGCGCUGCAGGUGGCACUUCAGGCUCUGCUGGAAGAUACACAGGACAGUAAGAUUCUCCCUAACAGGGCCAGACUUUGUGCUAAAUGUUUGAAAGGAUACUAAUGGAAUCGGUGGAACACCACUUAUAUUGCUUUUAACUGCUAGUUAAUAGGGAUUAAUAAAAAUCCUGCAGUUCUAUUACAUAUCUACUGGUUAUAUUUACAUAUGUCUAAAUAAAAGAAAUGAUACAUCUAAA